GCAUAAUAUAUUUACGCCCAAUCCAGGAUGUCAGUUACUCAUCAAUCUCAUAUGCCAAUGAACAGGUCGCAGAUCUCCCAAAAGAAGACCGAACUUUCGCAAAUACUGAACCCUGAAGCUGAAGCCCGAGAUCAGGGUUUAAGACCAGCAGGGUAUCCAGUUCAUGGACAUAUAGAAUAUCAGAACUACGGAGACGUUAACCUUCGUUUUGAGCAUUCGUCUCAGCCGUGGAAUCCUAGGAACGGCGACACAUUGACAUCACACGGAUAUACAGCUGGAUUUUAUACCAAUAAUAUGGCGGAACAAUGGAGCAGAAAUCCAGAGUACAUCGUUGAACAAACUGGUGAGUUUAGUAAACACGUUCGAGUCAGGGUCGCUCAAUGUUUCCAGCUGAUCGCGAUUACCCAAAUGAGGCGCCUCAUGUCGGCCCAGACGCGCUUUUGAACCACAACCAUAACCAUCUUUCUAUGUUUUCUGAAUCAGCACAAAAUCCCCAUUCACAUCUGCAGCUUGCAGAGCGUGCUUCGCCGCGAAUCCUAGCUCAACAAUCUGUUGCCCCAAAUCCAUAUUCAUCGACUAGCAUUGACAAUCAGCAACCCCAAGGGGAACCUUCGAGGAAGAGAGCCACACCACCAGGAACUAUAAAUUCGUCACAGCCGAAAAAAACUAAGAAGCCACCGCCGAUAGCUCCAUCUAAACGUGGUUUUACAAAGAAGAAACGGAGCGAAACUGCGGCUUUACAGGCCCAAAAUGCUUAUCUCGUCCCAGGUGUAACGUACGUUCCAGGGAAAGACAAAGAACUAAGUUCUGAAAAUCGUAUGCGAAUGCUACAAGCAGAAGAGAAUCCCGCUUUCGGCGCUGCUACAUUGACUCCGGAGCUCCAAACUGCCAGAUGUAUGUCAUCUAAAUACAAACCAGAAGAUUUUCCUCGAUGCGUUUCCUGUACUCGUCGCUGGGCGGGAGAUACUUGUCGUUUUCAAGGUAUUCGCAUAUUCAUGAAGAACGAGAAGAAGGAAGUUGUUGGCAUGAGCUUUGUGAAUAAUCAGAAAGCGGAAAAGCCUGCCAUGGAAUUUCCGAACAAGUGGAAUGUGGGAUUAACCGACAAGGAUAUACAGUGGACGAUGCGGGUCACGGCCAAGCAAGUGUUACCCAUUUUACUUCAAGAAAGAAAGCACGUCAAUACACAGCAAAUCAUAUACCGACCUCGGGAAAGUGAUGUGCGAGCGACUUGCGAUACUUGUAUGACUUCUCUGUUCUGUUGCUCUUGGAUGUGUCGUCUCUGUGGUCGUGAAUCCUGCUCAGAUUGCUACGAAGAAGUUCUUGCGCUCACUUCCAAUCCUAACGUUGAUUUGCCAAAUUCUGGUUCACCCGCCUCUCUAGAGCUGGCAGCUUCCCGUCUUGCUGCACAACAGUCUCUCAAAGAAAAACAAAACCACUCGAAGCCAUUCUUUCUUAGUUGCACAAAAAGAGCGGAGCAUCGAGCGGCAGAAUUCACGCCUGUAUCAAGGUUUUGUUUACGAGAGUUAGACGAAGCUAUACGGGACAUGGAAGCGGUCCUGAGAGAAGAGGAACAAGAGAAGGGGGAGGAGAGUCAAUGUUUGGAUGAACGAGGAGAAAAUAGAGAGCCGAAUUACACGAGCUCGAGUCCAUCAGACAGCACGGGUGUUAGUACCCCUUCCGAGAUUGGGGUUCCUAUUCCGGCUCUGAAUGUCGAAAAAGAAAGGUCGUACACUAAUGGACACCAAUACCAGGCGCAGCCAUCAUACUACCAUCAGCCAUAUCGCCCCUAUCAACAACUAGCUCAGCAGCCAUACGUUUCCCAGUUACAGACUGCACAUGCAGAUCUCCCUUUAGUUUCGAGCAUUGGCUACAAUCAACGGGACCAAAUCCAAUAUUCUCUCCAAGAACAAUAUCGAACUCGAUUAUCUGAGCUUCCCCACACUCAAGGUUUGCCUUACGAAUCCGAAUACGGUAGGCAUUCAUACUCAAACUCGAAGUCACUCCCAGACCACUCGUCAUCUACGCUGCAGCCGACGUCAUCUCCGUAUGUCCUUCCCCAAAUAAAUCUACAAUCUUCGGGUACAUCAUCCCAAAGUCUCUAUCAACCUUUAUCUCACCGCUCGGAUAUCCCAUUGCAUGCUAUUCCGACAUAUAAUUUUGACGCUCUCACUGAAACUAUAUUCCGGAAAAACUGGAGGAAAGGCACUCCCAUCCUGGUCACGGAUGUAAGUCAGCGUUUCCGCAUUCGCUGGACGCCCGAAUAUUUCAUAAAAGAGUACGGCGACCAAGGUUGUCUGAUUAUCGAAUGCCAAACGGACGUAAACAGGCGUGUCACUGUGGGUCAAUUCUUCUCAAAAUUUGGGAAAUAUGCAGAUCGUCUUGGUACCAAGAAGAGCGAGAUAUGGAAGCUCAAAGACUGGCCCCCUUCGGCGGAUUUCAAGAUGACAUUUCCAGAACUAUACGAGGACUUUUCACAGGCAGUCCCAAUCCCUAACUACGUCAGACGAGACGGAACGUUAAAUAUUGCGUCUCAUUUUCCGCACAAUGCCCUUGCACCCGACCUGGGUCCCAAAAUGUAUAAUGCGAUGGCGUCCCACCAAGACAGCGGCUCUAGAGGCUCUACCCGACUGCACAUGGAUAUGGCUGAUGCAGUGAACGUCAUGACCUAUGCGGCGGACUGCCCAGACGGCUCAACUGGAUGCGCUGCUUGGGAUCUGUUUAGUGCGGAAGAUUCAGCUAAACUUCGGGGGUACCUCAAGAAGAAAUUCCCUGGAGCGCUUACAAUGGAUCCUAUUCAUGGACAACAGGUGUACUUGGAUGAGACGAUGAGGAAGGAAUUGGCGGAAGAGUGGGGUGUAUACAGUUUUAGAGUUUAUCAAAGGCCUGGGGAAGCAGUUUUUAUCCCAGCCGGUUGCGCUCAUCAGGUCUGUAACCUUGCCGACUGUAUCAAAGUGGCCGUAGACUUUGUCUCACCGGAGAAUGUCCAAAGGUGCGAGCAGCUUACCCAAGAGUUCAGGGAGCAAAAUCAGAGCAAUGUGUGGAAGGAAGAUGUUUUACAGCUCAAGACCAUGAUGUGGUUUGCGUGGCUUUCGUGUAGCCAGCAAUUGGAAGAACGCAAGAGAAGUCGGAUGGAAGGUGUAUCCUUGACGCGAAGGGACAAUCAUGAACACAGUAGCGAUUGA